AUCUGAAACAUUUAAGUGUGACAAACAUGCAAAGAAAUCAGGAAGGGGGCAAACACUUUUUCACACAACUGUACUUCUUGCUAUACUUUUGACCCUGAAGUAGCUAUCACUCUGGUUGUAUGUACAAGAUAUUUAUUGUUCUACCCCCCAAUUGUUUUAGCUGCAUUACAUAUAGUGGUAUAUAAUUUUAUAAGAAAUCAGGAAGGGGGCAAACACUUUUUCACACAACUGUACAUGUAAAGGCCAGAAUAGCCACUUACACUUUCGGUCAACAUUGUUGUAACUGUUUUGAUUAAUUUGGGAUCAUAUCAUCAGACAAAAGAUGGAAAGCACAGACAUUUGUUUUAUCUUGUUUCACAAUAUAACUGUUAAUGGCACUGCAGGUUGCAAUGACCCUUCUUGUGAAUAUGGCAAAAACAACCAAUUUUCAAGGCACCAAUUCAAUGCACGGCCACUGAUUGGAAUACCUAAACCAAAUAAGCUAACAGCUUCAGUUGUUAGUGUUCAACUGGUCUGUUUGGGGUGCAGUGUACAGACAUUAUUUGGGCAUCAGAACACUGUACUAGGGACUACUUCUACACACUCAACAUAACAUUAAAGGCCAUAUUGGGAUUAGUGUAUUUUGCUAUUCGGAAAAUAAAAUAUAAUGUUUAGAAUGUAUCAUUACCAAAAACCUCAAGGUGUUAAAGGAUGUUGUUCUCUAGAUGCGACACCUCCAUGUGGUGGUUGACUGUUCAAGAAGUAUGGAAGACCAGGACUUGAAACCAAACCGCCUCACCUCCUCUCUGAAGCUGAUAGAAACCUUUGUCGAGGAGUAUUUUGACCAAAACCCCAUCAGUCAGCUGGGCAUUAUCACCACGAAGAAUAAAAGAGCCGAGAAGCUGACUGACCUGGCAGGAAAUCCAAAGAAACACAUUGUUGCUCUGAAGAAGGCGGUGGGCACAGUGUGUGUAGGCGAGCCGUCCCUCUACAACUCUCUCAACCUGGCCAUACAGACCCUCAAGCACAUGCCCGGACAUACGAGUCGGGAGAUCCUGAUAAUCCUCAGCAGCCUCACCACAUGUGACCCAGCAAACAUCUCUGAGCUGAUUAAGACCCUGAAGUCUCUGAAGGUGAGGGUCUCUAUAAUCGGCCUGUCAGCAGAGGUCAGGGUGUGUACGGUAUUGACCAGGGAAACGGGCGGCUCGUACCAUGUGAUCCUGGAUGAGAGUCACUUCAAAGAGCUGCUGAUGCUGCACGUCAAACCCCCUCCAGCCAGCUCCUCGUCUGAAUGCUCUUUAAUACGCAUGGGUUUCCCUCAGCACACCGUUGCCUCUCUGACUGACCAGGAUGCCAAGCCUUCAUUCAGCAUGUCUCAUCUGGACAGCAGCAGUGGUGCCGUUCUGUCUCUAGGAGGAUACUUCUGUCCGCAAUGCCAUGCCAAGUACACAGAGCUACCGGUGGAGUGUAAAGUCUGUGGUUUGACUCUGGUGUCGGCGCCCCAUCUCGCCAGAUCCUUCCAUCACCUGUUCCCCCUCCAAGCCUUUACAGAGAGUCCUGCGCAGGAGCUCCAUGCAGACAGGUGGUUCUCAUGCAUUCAAACAGUUAUUCACAGACACUGUGCUGCUGUGGAGCUAAACUUGUUGUCAUUUGGUUUUAGGUGCUGUCAAGCUUGUCAAGGGGAGCUGAAAGACACAAGUAUCUUCACCUGUCCAUCAUGUCGCUGCGUGUUCUGUUUGGAGUGUGAUCUCUUCAUCCAUGACUCGCUGCACUGCUGCCCCUGCUGUAUUCACAAUCAGACCAACUCCUGAACCUGAGAGGCUAACGGUUGGACAGAGAAUGGAAUAAACUCAGUGGUCAUGUGCCCUCAAUGACUCAUCGUGUCCGUCCUAUCAGUAUUGUCCACCUCUGAUAGAAUGGUUAUGAUGCACACAGGCAAUGGACUAUAUUUCAAAGUUGUUGAAGAUAUGCGUACAAUAUUGGACUAUUUUGGGUUUAUCCAUAUCGUUUUGAAGGUUCAGCAGCUUCUUGCUGAAGUUAGGCCCACACCUCCGUCUGCUCUGAGAAAUGCAUCUGAGCUGCUGCACUCCCAGCUGUAAAAUAGCACACCACUGUAUGUCAGACAUGAUCUGUGGGCAUUGUUUAUACACACUUUUGUACUACAGUUCUGUUUGUGACAUGGCAUUUACAAUAAAACAUAUUGUUUCUACUUGUUAAA